GCAACUUGAUUUCCUCUUCUUCUUCUUCUUCAAAAGAACAAAAGUGAUAGCUUCUGCUUCUGCUGUCUCCACCUGGACUGCUUUAGCACCUCACAAGACCUCCAUGGCCAUUCGAUCCGCUUUGAAAGGCAUUGUUUUGCCACGUAUAACGGUUCUCUCCGGCGAUCUAUAAAUUAAAAUUAACUAAAUUAAUUGAGAUAAAAAGAAAAGCAUGAAUUUUAACAAAUUUUAAUUUUGACCGGAAUUAAAUAGUAUAAUUCCUAAAUUAUGUGGAAAUGCGUGUAGGAGACAAAUUGAAGUUUAAUGAUAUUAAUACAAAACUCAUGAAAUUAGUCCUAACGCCAUGCUCACUCAACUAUAACGGCAAUGUAAUCUAGGGUGGAAAUAGCAACACACGCAGCAUCACAACAGCCAAGCAGCAUCUCUCUAGGUUUUUGUGUUUUUCUUUUUCCUUCCGCGAUUAAAGAUCCAUAAUCGAAAUUCGAAAAGCGAUAAAAAUAUUAGUAUAUGUAAAACGGGACAAUCAGACUAUGGCAGAUUCAAGAAGUAUCCACUCGGUCAGAACUUGUCAUGUAUGUGGAGAUACAGGCUUUUUGGAGAAGAUUGUAACUUGCUUUCAGUGCGAGAUAACUCAAGAACAUGUCUAUUGCAUGCCAGUCCUCCUCUUAACAGUCCCAAAAAUUUGGAUCUGUGAAGUAUGCCAAUCUAGUGAAGAGAAAGAUUCUCAACAAUCUUUUACAGGAGCACACUUUCCUAGGAUAUUAACGCCACUCAACUCUGAGAUAGUCUACAGUGAUACUGUAAAAUCUAUUGCUGUUGAAUUUCUUGAAAAUUCUGGGAGUUUGCUAAAUUUUCAAAAUGAAACUGCUAUUGGUACCGGGAAAUUAAAUUUCAUUUGUAGUGAAGAAGUCAUUGAGCAGCCGUCAGGUGUCUUAAAAGUGGAGAACUUCUCACCUAGUAUACAGGGUUCAAUCUUUGGCCAAUCAACUGCAAUAAUGGUCUCAUCAAGGACUGACAUUGGGUUUAAAAUUCCACCUUCAAAGUUCUCAAAGCAGAUAGUAAAAGCAAGUCCCAGUAUUAGAAUCCAAGAGCGGUCCUUGCUCCCUGGACAGGAUGGUGCAGAAUCCAGUUUGAAGACUAAGCGGCAGGUUUGCAAAAUUAAAGAUAAAGGGACUGCUUUGGCAUAUCAGGAUAAGUAUGCUCUCAAGAAAGAGCCAGUGGACCUCCUAUUGCCUGCUAAAAGAGUUGAAAGCCCGAAUUCAACAUUAAGAAAGGCAACUAAAUUUACACAUUCACCAUCAAUGAAUUUUCAGACCAUCACUCAUUCAGGACGCAGCUUACAUGUUGAUGUCAACUUCAAGAGCUUGGGCAUUCAGGAUAAUGAUAUACUUAAUACCUUGCCCAAACUUGAGAAAUAUUCUCUACAUAACCCUGCCCCAAAAGUCACUUGGUGUGGAAGCUUUGAGAUUUCUUAUGCAGUUUCGCAUAGUGAAUUCUUUGACGGUUUUCGGGCUUAUGUUCCUGGUGGAGUGCAUUGUAAAGCUUUUGAAUUCUCGAAACAGAUGCCUAGAGUACUGCCAUGUACAAUGCUUCCAUCUUCUAGUUUGGAAGUUUAUCAGCAUGGGUACCCAAAUGGGAAUGAUAGUGUACUAUACUUUUUCCCUAUCAACUUUGAGAGGUCUACACAGCAGUAUGAGCGCCUCCUGGUGAUGCUGGAGAUGCAAGAUCUGCUACUGAUAAGUUCAGUAUGUGGUGUGAAAUUGCUAGUUUUCCCUUCUAAAAGGCUGAAUGUGGAUUUCCAUGCAGGUUCAGAGCGCUUCCUAUGCGGAGUAUAUCGCCCUGUGAAGAGUGAACUUGGAGUUCUACCUCUUCCUUUCUGUGGUGCAACUUCUCAAGCACAAAGCUUUGAUGACCAGCAGACUAAAUCUAAGCUACUUGGGAAUGAGGUAAAAAUGGAACAGCAACAGCUUAAUGAUUCAACUUUUCCUCCUGGGUAUCCUAGUGUAGCUUUUGCUGGGAGAUGAUCAUAAAGAAGAAAGAAACAAAAAAAAAAAAGCAUCUCCCUGAAUGAUGAAAGCGGUGAAGAGUGAGUCAUUAUUGGGGCUGCAACUGUAGUAGUAAAACACUAAAACUGUGUAUUAGCUUACUCAUCGAGUUGUGGAAAACCUGCUAACCGCCUGCAAUCACUUGUAUGUAAAGCACUAAAAAAGACACUAUUGACUUGGGUACUUACUCAGAGCUGUAGCAGUAAAAAUUAGCAUACAUGACUGCUAACUAUUUGCAGUCUUGGGUACUGAUAUUCCAAAUUUUAGGGUUUCAGGGUUCGUGUUGCUGGAUGCAUGCAUGUAUAUGCUUCACAGAUGAUUGUCUCUUAUUAUUAGUGCAGUACACAUUUAUCUCAUGUCCAUAUCGCAUAAGAAUUCCUGCUUGAAAAUAUAUUUGUUUGUAUAUUUUGAUUCAUACUUUUAAUGAAUACAAGUGGUCCA